AUGAUCUCCCAACCAACAAAGGCAAAUGUUCUGCUUGUCGGGAGCGGUGGUGUGGGCACGAUGGGUGCAUAUGCCCUGGAGACUGGAGGCAAGGCCGAGGUCACAGCCGUGCUCAGAUCCAACUAUGAGGUGGUGACGAAGCAAGGCUUCUUCAUCGAUUCUAUUGAGCACGGCAACGGCAUCGAAGGCUGGAAGCCAACGACGCUAUGUAACAAAGUGCCAAAUGUUGCGGAAGAAGGUCUCAAACCAUUCGACUUUAUCGUGGUUACCACGAAAAACGUCGCCGACGUCAAACCCACCGCUGACGAGGUCAUUGAACCUGCAGUAACUCCAGGCCACAGUGUUAUUGUCUUGGUGCAAAACGGGUUGAACAUUGAAAAGCCUAUCCUCGCCAAGUUUCCAAGCAACAUCGUGUUAUCAGGUGUUUCAUUGAUCGGAGCAACCGAAACCGCCCACGGCAAGAUUCGACAUGACGACAACGACUCGGUCAAGAUUGGACCGUACAAAUCCCCCAACGUGUCUCAAGAAGACUCUGAAGCAGCUGCCAAGAAAUUCGUCGAAAUCUAUAAUGCCUGUGGGAAAGUCGAUGCCCAAUUCGACGCCAACGUGCCGUACACUCGGUGGCGGAAGCUGAUCUACAAUUCCUCGUUCAACUCGGUGGCUACGAUACUGCGAAUGGACACCACUCGGAUGAGGAUCUCGGAGCACGUCAUCGACAACUUGAUCCGGCCUGCUAUGUUGGAGAUCAAGGCCACUGCCAAAGCUGCGGGUAUUGAGUUACCCGAGGACAUUGCAGAGGUUAUGAUCCGAGUCGACCCGAAGGACACUUUCUUCAAGCCCAGUAUGUGCCAGGAUAUUGAAAAGGGGAAUUAUAUCGAGUUCGAGAAUAUCGUGGGAGAGCCCAUGCGGGAAGCAGAGAGGCUUGGAGUUUCUACGCCCGUGCUGAAGACCAUGUAUGGCAUUCUCAAGGGAUUGCAAUGGAAGACGAUGGAGGCCAAGGGAUUGGUGGUGCCGAAAUGGCAUGAGGAAAGCUUGUAUGGCUAA